GUGGCGAACCCUCGCAUGUACGAGCUGAAGGACGAGCGGACGGACACGUACGUGCGAUCCAUCACCGAGAGCAUCAACCCUAACGUGCAGAUGGUGGUGCUUAUCUGUCCAACGUCCAGGGAUGACAGAUACGCAGCCAUCAAGAAGCUGUGCUGCCGCGACAUGCCAGUGCCGUCGCAGGUGAUCAACGCAAAGACGAUAUCUAUGCAGAACAAGCUUCGUAGCGUCGCUCAGAAGAUAAGCCUGCAGAUGAUGUGCAAGAUGGGCGGAGAGCUGUGGAGCCUGCAGAUCCCACUGGUAGGUGGUCCAGUGGGUGGCAAGCUGUGCAAGCGC